AUGGAGGCCGUCAAUGCCAGCUUCGCUUCGCCCUCCGCCGAUGCCCAAUUCGCUCCGGAGCUUCGUGGCACGCCCAUCGCCGGCGUCCUCGGCCGCGUGCUCGAGGGCGUGAACGCGUGGUCCGUCAUCGUCACGCUUUUCGCCAUGCUGGUCGUCUACGACCAGAUCAAGUACAUCUGGAGCAAGGGCUCCAUCGCCGGCCCCGCGUGGAAGAUGCCCUUCAUCGGCCCCUUCCUGCAGUCCAUGAACCCCAAGUUCGAGGAGUACCACGCCAAAUGGAUGAGCGGCGAGCUUAGCUGCGUUUCCGUCUUCCACAAAUUCGUCGUUAUCGCGUCGACCCGCGACAUGGCGCGCAAAGUCUUCAACUCGCCCACUUUCGUUAAGCCCUGCGUCGUCGACAUCGCCUACAAGCUGCUCCGCCCGGAGAACUGGGUCUUCCUUGACGGCAAGGCUCACGUCGACUACCGCAAGGGUCUCAACGGCCUGUUCACCCGUCAGGCCCUGUCCAUCUACCUGCCUGGUCAGGAGGAGAUUUACGAGAAGUACUUCGCAAAGGCCCUGGAAAUCACGGCCGAGGCCGAGGGCAAGCCUGUGCCGUUCAUGCACUACUUCCGCGAGUUCAUCACGGCCGUCUCGCUCCGCACCUUCGUUGGCCACUACAUCGCCGACGCGUCCGUCAAGAAGAUUGCCGAUGACUACUACUACAUCACCGAGGCUCUCGAGCUCGUCAACUUCCCCAUCAUCAUCCCCUUCACCAACACCUGGCGCGGCAAGAAGGCCGCCGACAUGGUUCUCGACGAGUUCGCCAAGGCCGCUGCCAAGAGCAAGGUCCGCAUGGCUGCUGGCGGCGAGCCCGAUUGCAUUCUCGACUGCUGGGUCAAGGCCAUGUACGAGUCCGAGGACUACACCAAGAAGAAGGAGAAGGGCAUUGACGUCGAGAAGCCGGCCCAGGUCAUUCGCAUGUUCACUGAUCUUGAGAUUUCCAUGACCAUUUUCACCUUCCUUUUCGCCUCGCAAGAUGCCACCAGCAGCGCCGCCACCUGGCUCUUCCAGAUCAUGGCUGACAGGCCCGACCACCUGGACAAGAUUCGCGAGGAGCAGCUCCGCCUGCGCGAUGGCGACAAGACCAAGCCUUUCACCAUGGAACUGAUGGAUCAGAUGACCUACACUCGCGCUGUUGUCAAGGAGGUUCUCCGCUACAGGCCCCCCGUCAUCAUGGUUCCCUACAUGGCGAAGAAGGCGUUCAAGAUCUCUGAGAACUACACGGUCCCCAAGGGCUCCAUGGUUAUCCCGACCACGUACUUGGCGCUGCACGACGCUGAGGCCUACCCGAACCCUGACUCGUUCGAGCCCGACCGUUGGAUCACUGGCGACGCGGAGAAGCAGACGAAGAACUGGCUCGUCUUCGGCACUGGUCCGCACUACUGCCUCGGCCAAGUGUAUGCCGUGAACAACCUGAUUGCGAUGAUUGGCAAGGCUGCAAUGGAGUUGGAUUGGACGCACAAGGUCACGCCGCUGAGCGAGGAGAUCAAGGUCUUCGCGACGAUCUUCCCCAAGGACGACUGCCAUCUGGCCUUCACGAAGCGCGCCUAG